AUGGAAUUUGUAAGCUUAGCGCUGACUUUUGUUGCCCUGUGGUUGAACUCAACGGCUGCCAACACGAUUUUAGAUAACAUUUUUCAAUUGGGACUCGCGAAUGUCAUUGAACAAUUCAAUACGCCAACACCCCAACACAAUGCCGCUUACGACUUUAUAAUAGUGGGUGGUGGCGCCGCUGGCUGCACGCUAGCCAACAGGCUCUCGGAGAAUCCGAACUGGUCGGUUGUUUUACUUGAGGCAGGCGGCGUCGAGAACAUUGCACAUCGUAUUCCCAUAACGGCAGGCUUUCUGCAAGGCACACACUCAAAUUGGGGCUACAAAUCGGUUCCACAGAAACUCGCUUGCUUCGGCAUGAACAACAACGAGUGUGCAUUGCCACGUGGCAAGAUUUUGGGCGGCACAAGUUCCAUCAAUUAUAUGAUCUAUAAUCGCGGUAACAGACGCGAUUAUGAUGGCUGGGCAGCUGCAGGCAGUAAAGGCUGGUCAUAUGACGAGGUGUUACCGUAUUUUCUCAAAUCGGAGAAUGCACAGUUGUCCGGCUUGGAAUGGUCGCCCUACCACAAUCAUUCGGGCCCAUUGAAUGUUGAAGAUGUCGGUUAUCGCACACAGUUUUCGCACGCCUUUGUGCGUGCUGCACAACAAGCCGGACAUCCAUACACCGAUUAUAAUGGCGAAUCGCAAGUGGGCGUGUCAUAUGUGCAGGCGACAACACAGAAUGGACGGCGACACAGCGCAUAUCGUGCUUUCAUCAGACCAGUGCGACGUGUGCGUCGGAAUUUGAGUAUUUUUACUUUCGCUCAGGUUUUGCGUGUGCUCGUGGAUCCACAGACGAAGGUGGCGUAUGGCGUGGAGUUUCUGCAUCAGAAAAAACAGUACAUUUUCAAAGCGCACAAGGAAGUUAUAUUGUCCGCAGGCGCCUUUAACUCGCCGCAACUUCUGAUGUUGUCCGGCAUAGGACCUGCGGAUAAUCUAAACGCUAUUGCCAUUCCCGUGAUACAAGAACUGCCUGUAGGCAAGCGCAUGUAUGAUCACAUGUCGCACAUAGGUCCUGUGUUUCUUACCAACACGACCGGACAAACGACAUAUCCGACCAGCAUUACAUUAAGCGAUAUCAAACGUUUCUUCUUAUUCGGCGAUCGAAACACGCGUCUCUCAAGCAUAGGCGGUGUGGAAUGUCUGGCUUUCGUUAAAAUACCCAGUUCACAAAGACCACCCGAUUGGCCUGAUGUGGAGCUGAUCACAGUAUUAGGUGGCAUGGCUUCCGACGAUGGUACAGGACUUAAGGAAGGCGGCAACAUACGUCAAGAUCUUUACGAUCAACUCUAUUUGCCACUACAACUCGCACGCCAAGAACAUUUUACCGUGCUCAUCAUGGACUUUCAUCCGCGUUCAGUGGGACGGUUGUGGUUACACAAUCGCGAUCCCCUAAGGUGGCCAAUCAUCGAUCCGAAGUACUUUUCCAACGAAGAAGAUAUCGAACAUCUUUUGGAAGGUAUCAAGGCCGCCAUACGCAUAGGCGAAACACCAGCUAUGAAGCGUAUUGGCGCGCGUUUGUAUGACAAACCGGUGCCCGGUUGUGAAAAUUACCUUUUUGGCAGUGACGACUAUUGGCGUUGUUCUAUACGCACUUUGUCAUAUACGCUGCAUCAUCAGGUGGCCACUUGCCGCAUGGGUUCACCAACGGAUGAUACUACAGUUGUGGAUCCGCAGUUAAAAGUGCAUGGCAUACGAAAAUUACGCAUCGUGGACACGAGCAUCAUACCCUUCCCGCCAACGGCACAUACGAAUGCGCCGGCGUUUAUGAUUGGCGAGAAGGCGGCAGAUUUAAUACGCGCUGAGUGGGAAGCUAACUUCUGGUUGCAAAACUGA